AUGGGCAGGCUAGCAGAGAGUGCUGAGGAAGAGGAGACGGAAGUACGCUCGUGCUACAUCAACUACCUGGCGCUCUACGGGCUGCUGGCCCGGAACCAGAACGGCAGACAGGUGUUGGCCCUCUACGAAUUAUAUGACCGACUGAUCAAGAUCACGGACCUGAAAACGAUUUGCCAAAAUUUCGACAUUCUUACGACGUGUAUGGGCGGCUACCGGGCCACCUGCUCAAAUCCGCAAACUUUCCUGCAGCUGGCCGGGAAUCCGAAUGAUGCUCGCGACUACCUCCUUGAUUUUGCCUUUUUCGAGAAUGUCUGUGGCACUGGGAAGGAAGUAUUCCUCCAAAACCAAGUCUGCUUAUCCCAAGCUUUUGCCCAAGCCUCACUCUCCCAUCGACUCGUGCAAUGUGGUGGGACCAGCCAGGAGCAAAAUCAGAUGAUGGUUUGCGAUCGAGGAAUCGCGGCUGUCGGCUGCGUCCGCGACCAAAUCAUCCAGCAAUGCGGAUUUCCAAGCGGAAAGGUCGUCUGCUCGGCUGCUGUAAAUAUGGCUCGAGGUCUCGGCCAGGCCGACGUCACCUGCAUCCAGCAAAUGGACUACGUCUGUAAUUUGGAGCAUCGUGCAUUGCCUGUGUUUUUCGCCGUUUUAUUAUUCGCAUUCUUUGUGUAUUUU